ACUACAUAGUCAGAUCAUAUGGAGUGACGGACAGCAGCGUAAUGUUGCAUCUUACUUAAAGAGUACAGACCGCUUUUGCGAAAUAUGGUCAUUUGAGAUACUAACGCGAUUAUCUUCUGGAAACGUCUUUGGAUAUACCAUUCAAAUGAGCAGAAUAAAAAGAUUUCAGCAACUUGCGCUGAUAACGUGAAUGAAAAGUGCAUGUCGCGAGCGAACCAGUGUGUGCAAGGAGCGAUUCUCAAUUGCAAAUUUGCCAUUUAAAUGGGACGAAACGCGGAUGUAAAUGUUUAAAGUACACGUGGAUUUUUCUGCACUGCUUGUUAUUGUUAAAGGAGAGAGGUAAGCAUCUGUCCAACAUCAACUAUCAAGUAUUUGUCAGACAUGAAAGUGAAGAUGCAUGCAGAACAAGUUCAAAUGAAAAGUUAAGAUGUGAAGUGAUCACCGUUUGCGUUGUGUCUGUUACUAGAAACAAUAUGUCGAGUACGUGAAUUAUUUUCUCACUAAAUAAGUAAUCCAGCAUUAAGCAACCAUGGUAGAACCGGUUGGUUUUGUGGAAGCAUGGAAAGCUCAGUUUCCUGAUUCAGAUCCUCCUGAAAUGACUUUGAACUCUGUGGGAGACAUUGAGCAGGAGCUGGAGAAAUGCAGAAACUCUAUCAGGAGACUGGAGAUGGAAGUGAACAAAGAGCGCUUUCGAAUGAUCUACCUACAAACGCUUCUGGCCAAGGAGAGAAGAAGCCACGAUUCUCAAAGAUGGGGCUUCAGUAAGGUCUCGCAAUGUGACCGGAACCAACCAGCAUCCACAAACUCCCAUCAUCAGCUGCCUGGGAAAGUGGAUGGCAGCAGGUGUCUUCCAGCUAAACCGAGGCACACAACAACCAUAGGUUUGUCCCCAGAGGAGAACCGUGAGUCUCAACUGUCUGUUGAGGUGGAGGGAGGGGAUAUCUCAGACCGGGACAGACAGAAAAACAGAGAUGGGGAAACAGAUGGCAUGUCUCCGUCCAAAAAAAGGAGUGUUGAAGCUCCCCAACGGCCCAUUGCUGGCCGUGGUCCUGGACACCAUGAGGUGGAUGGUGUUCCUGAGUCUCCACCAAAGGAGAAAGCCAGCAUGGGGUUGGGAGUUGCAGCUCUCAGGUCAAACUUUGAACGUAUUAGGCAUGCCAAUUCUCAAACAUCAGGGGAGGGCAAGAGUGAGAAGCCUUACUAUGUGAAUAUGGAAUACCACCAUGACAAAGGUCUUGUUAGAGUCAAUGAUAGAGAAGUCUCUGAAAAGAUAAGUAGUUUGGGUAGUCAGGCUAUGCAGAUGGAGCGCAAAAGGUCCUUACACUCUGUACCGGGUAAUCUCUCCACUGCUUUUGGGGAUGUCUGUAAACCAGAGAGGUCUACACACCAUGACAACUGUGAGUUUGAAGAUGCAAAUCUGAAUCCUCAGUUCCUCAAAGACGGUUCUAUACGACUAAACGGAGGGAAGACUGAGUCAAACAGAGCUCCUCAACCGAACUGGCAACAGUCUGACUGUCAGCCCUAUACAACCGUUUAUGUGGGGGGCAUUAUGGGAGACGGGGAGGAUUUGCAUCUGACUUGGCCCAGGCGAUCAUGCUCGCCUGGGAGUUUUGAGGAUGGCUACACGCCUGAUUGCAGCUCCAAUGAAAAUCUGACCUCCAGCGAAGAGGACUUUUCCUCAGGUCAGUCCAGCCACGUGUCCCCAAGCCCCACCGCCUACCGUAUGUACCGAGAGAAGAGUCGCUCCCCAUCCCAGCACUCUCAGCAGUCGUUUGAGAGCGGCAGUCCUCCUACACCUCACUCCCAAAAACGUCUCAGGCAACAGCUAGCAUUCUCUGAGGGCAAUGUUGUUGGUGUCCGCAAGAUCUGGCCUGCUGAUGGAUGCUCCAGCAACUUCAACAACAGUUUCCAUGGAGAUCUGGACAUCCCAUUUGGUGGAACCCCACCUCCAGUAUACACUUUUGAUGGUGACCGAGGGGAGGACCAGUGUGUGCAAACUGACCUUGCGUCCCACACGGAUGACUCCCUCUCCUCCCCGCGCCUUCACCCGAAGGGUCGAAGCAUUAGACAGAUUCCCUCCUCAGGAUCCCUGGAGUCCAAUAAAUUAAUGGAGCUGGAUGUAAAGAAAGGGCUGGAGAUGAGGAAAUGGGUUCUAUCAGGGAUCCUUGCCAGUGAGGAGACCUAUCUCAGCCACUUGGAGGCACUCUUACUGCCUAUGAAGCCCCUGAAAGCUGCUGCCACCACCUCCCAGCCCGUGUUAACCCUGCAGCAGAUAGAGACCAUUUUCUUCAAAGUGCCUGAGCUCCACGAGAUCCACAAAGACUUUUAUGAUGGCCUGUUACCCAGGGUGCAACAGUGGAGCCACCGUCAAUGUGUGGGCGACCUCUUCCAGAAACUGGCCAGCCAGCUCGGGGUGUAUAGGGCUUUUGUAGACAACUAUAAGGUUGCUGUGGAAAUGGCGGAAAAGUGUUGUCAGGCGAAUUCACAGUUUGCAGAGAUCUCAGAGAAUCUGAAAGUCAAGAACACGAAGGAGGUUAAAGAUCAGAAUGCUAAGAACUCUUUGGAAACCUUGCUGUAUAAACCAGUGGAUCGAGUCACUCGCAGUACUCUAGUCCUCCAUGACCUGUUGAAACACACCCCAUCCAGUCACCCAGAUCACCCUCUGCUGCAGGACGCCCUCCGCAUCUCUCAGAACUUCUUGUCCAGCAUUAAUGAGGAGAUCACACCCCGCCGUCAGUCUAUGACAGUGAAGAAAGGAGAGAAUCGACAGCUUCUCAGAGACCAGUUUAUGGUGGAGUUAGUGGAAGGGACACGAAAACUGCGCCAUGUCUUCCUCUUUACCGACCUGCUGCUUUGCGCCAAAUUGAAGAAACAAACUGGAGGGAAGGGCCAGCAAUAUGACUGUAAGUGGUAUAUCCCACUAGCUGACAUCACCUUUCAAACCAUUGAUGAAUCUGAGUCCUCACCAGUCCCCCAGAUACCAGAGGAAGAGAUAGACGCCAUGAAGGUCAAGAUCUCCCAGAUCAAGAAUGAGAUUCAGAGAGAAAAGAGAGUGUGUAAAGGUGGUAAAGUCCUCGAUCGCCUCAGGAAGAAACUGUGUGAACAAGAAUCGCUGCUGCUCCUCAUGUCUCCAUGUAUGGCCUUUAGAGUCAAUAACAGGAACGGCAAGGGCUACACAUUCCUGAUCUCAUCCGAUUAUGAGCGAGAAGAAUGGAGGGAGACCAUUCGGGAGCAGCAGAAAAAGUGUUACAAGAGUUUCUCUUUGACUUCAUUGGAGUUGCAAAUGCUCACCAACUCCUGCGUGAAGCUCCAGACAGUUCAUACUAUUCCACUGACAAUCAAUAAAGAAGAUGAUGAAUCCACAGGGCUUUAUGGCUUUCUGAAUGUGAUUGUUCAUUCUGCAUCAGGCCUGAAACAAAGCUUGAAUCUGUAUUGUACCUUAGAAGUUGAUUCUUUUGGCUACUUUGUGAACAAAGCCAAGACUCGUGUGUACAGAGACACUACAGAGCCGAAUUGGAAUGAGGAGUUUGAAAUUGAGCUGGAGGGCUCUCAGACCCUCAGGCUCCUGUGCUACAGUAAGAUCAAACAGAACAGGGAUGAUGGGGAGAACAUGGAUCGCCUCAUGGCCAAGGGACAGAUCCAGCUGGAUCCUCAAUCGCUGCAGGGUAAAGACUGGCAGAAGACAGUAAUCAGCAUGAAUGGGACUGAGGUCAAGCUGUCUAUGCGGUUUACAAGCAGAGAGUUCAGUCUGAAGAGAAUGCCCUCCAGGAAGCAGUCUGGGGUGUUUGGGGUUAAAAUCGGGGCUGUCACAAAACGGGAGCACUCUAAAGUGCCUCUCAUUGUGAGACAGUGUGUAGAGGAGAUUGAGCGCAGAGGGAUGGAGGAAGUUGGCAUCUAUCGAGUCUCUGGGGUGGCCACUGACAUCCAGGCCCUGAAAGCUGCCUUUGAUGCCAAUAACAAAGACGUAUCAGUUAUGAUGAGCGAAAUGGACGUGAAUGCCAUUGCUGGAACACUAAAGCUCUACUUCAGAGAGCUUCCUGAGCCCCUUUUUACAGAUGAACUCUAUGCGAAUUUCUCUGAAGGCAUCGCUUUGUCUGACAGUGUGGCAAAGGAAAGCUGUAUGCUCAACUUGCUGCUCUCACUUCCUGAACCCAACCUGCUGACUUUCCUGUUUUUGCUGGACCAUCUGAAGAGGGUGGCUGAGAAUGAGAUCGUCAACAAAAUGUCCUUCCACAAUCUCGCCACAGUGUUUGGUCCCACCCUCCUUCGACCCUCUGAGAAGGACAGUAAAAUCCCAGCCAAUCCCACACAGCCCAUUUCUAUGAGUGACAGCUGGUCUCUUGAAGUUAUGUCUCAGGUCCAGGUAUUACUGUAUUUCCUUCAGUUGGAGGCAAUCCCUACUCCAGACAGUAAACGGCAGAGUAUGCUCUUCUCCACAGAGGUGUAAGGGAAGGGCAUUAUUUGUGAGUGGUCUGCUCGGGUGCAUUAUGAUUUUUAAUGGCCUGGGACCGAAGUGAUUCAUCAUGUGACCAGUAGAGAGCGGCAACAACUUACUGAGAUAUUUGAAGCGGACCUUUCCUAUCUCAGAACUGUUGCCAGUGAAUUCCCAAUUCAGUCUGUAGCUUUCCAUUUUAUUUAUGAUUAAGGUGGAGUAAUAGAUAACGGAGGAUGACAAGCCAGAUAUCUUCUCAUGGACUCACUGUUACAAGCACUUAAAAGUUACAGUCAAUGUGCAGGUGAUAUGAUUUAUUUUCACUGUAUCCAGUGAAUGUUACUCUUGCAUUUUUUUUUUUUUAUUAUUAUAUCUUGUUCCUUUUCUGCACUGUGGGUUUAUAAAGAAUUGCACAUUCCAGGUUUCCAUGACCAUUUUAUUUGAUCUGACAUUUUCCUCACCCUAUGAUUUAUGUCUUCCUUUGGUGAGGGCUACUGAACAUCUGACACACGAAAAUCGCGAGGAGGACAAAAUUUAAACAACCUUCUUUGAUGAAUAAAACACACAAUGCAGAGAAUUCAAAUGUGAGAUUCUUUAACCAAUAUUGUAAUGAUGGUCGAUACCAGUAAUUUAUAAAAGAGACCCAUGCAUAUAGCUAGCAGUGUGUUCAUAAACAAAAAGAGAAUAUAUACAGCACAAUUACAGUUCUACCGUUCCCAAGAUAUGCAUUCUUUUUUAUUUUAUGAAAGCCUCCCUUGGUUUUAUGCCAUAUAAAUCCAAUUUAUUUUGGAUCAAUCAGCCUAUAUUAAAACAAGCUACAAAAUUAUACAGUAUAUUUGCGGGUCACAUCGCAUGAUAUUAUAGGACUAUAACACAUUAUUUUUAAGUAUGUUUCAAACUGUAAAAGUCACAUACCAUAAAAAUAGACAUAGUUUUACACCUUUAUACAAUUUGCCUAUGAAGGUCUCACUGAUUAUCUGUACAUGCUUGACUGUAAUUGAUGGACUUAAUACAUUAAAUUGAUAUAGGAGUUCUCUAUCAGAAUAAUAUAUUAAAAUGGACAUAGGAGUUCUCCAUCAGAGUAAUAUUACUGCUAAACUAAGUACUGUGCAAGCAAGAUGUUACAUAGGAUUUGUGCCAUAUGGCAAUGCUACAAAAAUGUAUGUGCUCUCUUUGACUGUGCUCAAUAUACACAGACUUAUUGAAAAAAAUACAACAACUUAAUAAUUCAAACACUGUCUAGCUUUUCUCUUGUUUAUUUUGAAUUAGUGUAGGAUCAAUAUAUUUUCAUUUGGUAAAACUAAAUUCUGGCUGUUGACAAAACAUGGAAGCACUAUGUGAUCCUGAACAGUGCCAAUACCGUGCCCUGUUAAAGUGUAUAUUUUAGUCC